AUGCUCUUGAUAAGAACCCCUCAUCCGAGGGCUGCACGGACUUUCUUCCUCGCAGUAAACGCCAUAUCCUCAUCCCGCCCCCAAUGCUCGCGCUUUUCCUCACAGCAGAAGCAAACACCAAGAUACCGGGCCGUAGUUAUAGGUGCCGGUCCCGGCGGCAUAUGUGCAGUCGGGAACUUACUUGAGCAAAAGAAGAGCCCAAUUCUCUGGGUGGAUCAUCUAUUUCAGGGCGGGAGGUUGAAUCAGUAUUAUAGAGAAGUACCAAGUAACACAAAGGUGAAGCGGUUUAUAGACUAUGCAGAGGGUGUGCAGCCGUUCAGAGACGUGGUGAAAGAGGCAGAGAAACCGAAUGCGUAUACGCAUCUAAAGGGCUUGGAUCAAGAGGAUACGUGCCAUAUUGCUCAAGCAGCGGACUUGUGUAUCAUGUUGACGAAAGGGUUGGGUUUAGAACGAGGGGUGGCAAAGCAGGUUGGGAAUGUAUCUAAGGCGUCGUGGUCAGAGGCAAACAACUGGACCGUCGAGAUAAACCCUGACCAGACGAGCUCUGGUCCAAUUUCCAUCUCUUCCGAUCUCUUGAUCCUCUGCAACGGCGCCGCUCCCACAACUGGUCCGCUGCCAGUCAAGAAUAUCCAAGAAAUCGGCCUCGACCCCGCUCUUAAACCAUCUCUCAUCGCUGAAAUCCUUCCGGCAGACAAGGACCUAACCGUAGGUGUAAUCGGCGCAUCUCAUAGCGCCAUUCUCGUUCUCCGGAAUCUCUACGACCUCGCCAGCACUUCUCAUCCCAAACUACGUAUAAAAUGGUUCACGCGCCAUCCGUUGCGAUAUGCGGAGGAGAAAGACGGGUGGAUUUUAAGAGACAAUACCGGUCUAAAAGGCGCAGUAGCUACCUGGGCAAAAGAGAAUCUCGAGGAAGACGUAUUACCAUCUUCAGACGUGAGUCGGUUCCUGGAAAAGGUAUCCACGACGAAAGAAAAAGAGCAGGAAACCUAUCUUGCGCAUCUACCAUCUUGCACGCAUGUUGUGCAGGCUAUUGGUUUCAGGCAUAACGAGUUGCCGGUGCUAGAACGCGAGGGGGGGAAGUUGGAGCUUGUGUAUGAUCAUGAGACUGGGGGCUUUGGGGAUAAGGAGGGUAAGAGGGUUAGGGGCUUGUAUGGAGCUGGGAUUGCGUGGCCUGAAAGGGUGACGGAUCCUGAGGGAAAUGUGGAGAUGGCGGUGGGGUUGGCCAAAUUUAUGAAGUAUUUGAAGAAGAUUGUUCCGGAGUGGAGAGCAUAG